AUUUCUGUCCUCCCAAAUUUCUGUGCCUACCGUCCAUAGGAAAAACUACGCCCUUGGUCUGUGGUCAUUUUGUACGUGUUAACUGAGCUCUAUGACUUUCAAACAAGACAUUUUAGCAGACCUACAUGGGCUCGGGCCCCUGGGCCUUUGCCGGAGCCCCCUUUGGUUAUCUGCACACCUGCAUUUAUGACGCUCUGCUACCACCGUGUAAACACAUACAUAAAACUUAUAAUUUAAUUUUUUUCUUAUACCGUUACGCAGCUGUAAGUAAGUGUUUAAACGUUUAAUCUUAACUAACGGGUUUUUUUUUGCCGUCGAAAUUUCCGUACCAUUCACUACCCAACUUACGUUGAUAAACCGCGUACUUUACGUAAAUUCCUUAGGAGAUGACGUUUCCUACGAGUGUCGCCGUAGUUGGUAAUGGCGCAGCUCGAAGAGGCGGAUGCUGCUCAGCUACACCUGGAGGACGUCGAUGUCAAACCUGCUGAUGGUGGACCUGUGCCGUCAGCUGGUGGAGCUGCCAAACAGGAGGUGAAGGAUGAAGCUGCUGCAGAUAACGAUGCCAAACCCUCCAUCACAACUACUGAGAGGCACAUCUCCAUCCAGACUAAGCUGGAGGGCCUCGAGAUGCUGGUUGACCUCAACGGUGCGGGGCGAAAGUCAUGUCCUCUGUGUCCGGAGGAGAAGUUUAAAGCCUGCUACAGCCACAAACUUCGUCGACACCUGCAGAACCUGCACUGGAAAGUUUACGUGGAGUUUGAAGGCCAGAGGAUGUGCAUCUGCCACCUGCCCUGCAGACACCUGAAGCCCAGCCUCAGUGGAGAUCAGGCGUCAGGGAGACACAUGGCUCACUAUCACUGUGUGGUGUGUUCUGCCACCAUCGCCCGAAAGACGGACAUGAUCAGCCACCUGAAACGUCACGUCAACAAAGGAGAGACUGAGGCCAGCUACUCCGUUAGCUCCGACGUCUCGUUUGAAGAGCCAGCAGCUCUGUCGGGCCAGGCAUAUGAGAUCAUGAAGGAACUCGGAACAAACGUCCAGCUCCUCCCGAACUACACCACCCCGCAGAAGAGCGACACCUACUUCAACCGCAAGAUGAAGACCAACAGGAAGCUGGUGUUUUGUUCGCUGGCCGUUCUGGCUGAAGAGAGACACCCGCUCGAGUGUCUGGAUGCCUUCGGAGCCACAGGGAUCAUGGGCCUCCAGUGGGCGAAGCACCUCUGUAGCGCAGUCAGAGUGACCAUAACAGAUAUCAGCGACGCAUGCGUCAAAAUGAUUAAAGAGAACUGCAAGCUAAACCACAUCCGUGCAGAGGGAGGUACACGUGGCUCCCGGGGGCCUGACGCUGCCAGCGGGGACAUCGAGAAAGAUCCCAUCGCCACGGUGGAGGUCGCCAAGAUGGACGCCAACGUCAUCAUGCACCUGCGGCCUUUUGAUUAUAUCCACUUGGAUCCGUUUGGUACGGCUGUGAACUACCUGGACGCCGCCUUCAGAAAUGUCCGUAACCUGGGCAUCAUCUCUGUGACGUCCACAGACACCAGCUCCCUGUACGCCAAGUCUCCCAACGUCACCCUGCGUCACUACGGCUGCCACAUCGUACGCACUGAGUACUACAAAGAGCUGGCUGCACGCAUGGUAGUCGCCACUGUGGCCAGAGCGGCGGCACGCUGUAACAAAGGCAUUGAGGUGCUGCUGGCUGUGGCGCUGGAACAUUUCGUCCUGGUGGUGGUAAGAGUCCUCAGAGGUCCCACGCAGGCUGACGAGUCGGCCAAGAAGUUGAGAAAGCUGGUCCACUGUCAGUGGUGUGAGGCGAGAGUCUUCCUCAAGCUAGGAAACAUGGUGGAUGACACACUGCCCUGUAACUGUCAUGGACGUCUGCCUGGAAAGACAGCAGUGCUGCUGGGACCGUUAUGGUCUGGUCCUCUGUUUAACACGGGCUUCCUGCGGGGGAUGCUGUCAGCAGCGGUGCAGCACAGUAUGGACGACAUCCAGCCGCUCGUCAAGACUCUGAUCUGCGAGUCAGAGUGCACCACCCUCAAGUCUUUGGUCCACGGGCCAUCAGCUCUCACCAGCCAGGUGGAGUGUGGAGUCGUCAUCAGGACCCUACAGAGCGGCGAGGAGUCUGGUCCUGCUGAUCAGUGCGGUAAGAGGAAGACUGGGGACGAGUCUGGGAAUGUAGUGAAGAAGCUGAAGCCUGACACAUCUCUGGAACAUCCGCCGUUCUACUACAGCAUCCACCGCCACAGCAUCCGAGGCAUGAACAUGCCCAAGUUGAACAAGUUUCUGCAGUUCCUGAUGGAGGCUGGCUUCAGGGUGAGCCGGACUCACUUUGACCCGACGGGGGUUCGAACCGACGCCACGCUGGAGCAGUUUAAAUCGGUCCUGACCAAGUACAGCGUCCCCACGUGCACUAAGGCCACCGCUACUCAGACGAGUGUGAGCACAGAGACGACUGCGUGAGCAGACCAAGCAGGCCCAGGUCAGUUCACACUCCUGAGCAUGAGAGUGUUGGGUCGCUGGUUUGGCUCGGUUUGACUCCGCCUCUGCAGCUUCUCCAAACCUAAACAAAGUUCUGACUGCACUGAUUUCUAAAAAGCACACCGCGUUCGCCAUGGUUGUGUAAGUAUAAACACUUGACCAAAUAAAACGUGGAUUUUUGCAAGACAAACAGCACAGACGAGCCAAUUUAUAAUCUGUUUCUCUAUGUGUUAUAGAUUUCUCUUGAAAAUCCUUCUGGUACAAGUAGCUUUUCUUUUUUUAGCUGAUUUAUUGCCUUAUUGUUUUGCUUGUAUUAU